AACCAGUUUUCGAUGAAAACUACUUGAAAACUCACGUUCCACUCAUUCCAAUCGGCGUCUCCACUACUUUUUUUCGAUUAUUUAUGAGUGAAAAGCAUCUUGGUUUUGCUUUUGUAUAGCAAAACUGUAAUCAGAGCAUGUAAGAAAUGUCAACGAAAACAGUAACAGCCGGUGUGAACAGCCUUCAGCCCACAAUCCCAAAACUCGUUUUCAAAGUGUUUUCGUUGUCGGUCAGAACAUGGUAUUAGUACUCGUGUUUUUCGCCAUCUACUCAGUACUUGUUUGAAAAGUAUCGAUACCAAAAUUACUAGGUAUCGAACGAAAAGUGUCGAGUAUGUACCUUUAAUUACUCUUAUCGUUUCAUUCCUAGAUAAUCAACGGCGCGCUGUGGAACUAGAGCAACAAAUCUGAAAAAUACUUUGAUUUUAAUAAAGCAGUUUUGAAUACGAGCAGAUAUGGCGACAGCUUUUACACGUCAACUUCUUCCCGAUGUGAAUGACAAUGACCUUUAUUUCAUUAAAAAUCAGAUGAAUAAAAUAUGCGAUUUCUACGAUGAGCAGGAUUUUAUAGAUGUUACAUUUCAAUUGCCUAACCCCACUACUAUGAUUCCAGCACACCGCUUGAUACUCGCAUCAGCAAGUCCUUACUUCAACGACCUUUUCAAAAGCGCCCAGGGCCUAGCUCCUGUUAUCGAGUUAAACAACGUAAAUAGUGACACCUUUGAGCGUUUAAUGACAUUUUGCUACACCGGCAAAACGCUCAUAACCAUAGACAAUGUGGGUGCAAUGUUGAAGGCGGCUAUGGUUUUGAAGUUAGAUGGGGCCGUUUUGAGUUGCGUUGACUAUAUUUCCGGGCAUAUAACUGAGUAUACGCUGCAACGGGCAUAUUGCUUAGAGAAUGAAACUCAGUGUGUACCACUGUACGAGAAACUCUUUGAAUAUGUUUUAGAGAAUUUCAUGGAGGUGAACCAGAGCACUGAAUUUUUAAGUUUAAGUGCUGAGAGAUUGCAGGCACUCAUAGAGAGCGAUAAAUUGAAUGUGAGUUGCGAAAAAGAUGUCUUUGAGGCUGUAAAACGCUGGUAUGAACACGACGCUGAAGGGCGCCGACAGAUACUACCAGACUUGAUCGGUAGCUUACGCCUCAACCAGCUGGAUACGGAUUUCCUAUUGAGACACGUUCAGUCACUGCCUGGUUGUGAGCUAUUGGCUUUAAGGGCGAUAGCGUGGACUACGGUCUCUACAAAUCGUAGAAUGGUGUCGUUAAAGUUUACAACGCCACGAAAAUAUGUGCACAAAACAUCGGAGGAAACAACAUUGAUAGCGGUAGGAAGCUCUGUAAGUUCAACCAACUGA